AUGAAUUUGGUGUGGCCAAAGACAAAGAGCAUGGGCUUCUUGUUGCUCCUCACUUUUCUACUCUUUGCAUUGCCAACACUCUCUUCCUCGCAAUAUGAAUAUGUUAGGAACACUAUGUUCCUCAAUCAUCGUAAGAUACUUCCCAAACAGGAACCUCUUACCUCUUAUGCUGUCAUAUUUGAUGCUGGUAGCUCUGGGAGUCGUGUGCAUGUCUUCCAUUUCGACCAGAACUUAGAUCUCCUUCACAUUGGCAAUGACCUUGAGUUUUCUAAAAAGAUCAAACCUGCUGAGAGUGUUGUCCCUGAGGAACUGCACCCCAAGACACCCCUGAAGCUUGGGUCCGUGCUGGUAACGACGCAGUUGCUUGCGUAUGGUAACGACGCAGCUCGUGCUGAGAUUUUUAAGGUCACUGAUGGUGCAGCUAGUCCGUGCCUUUUAGCAGGCUAUGAAGAGUCUGCCAAUAACAUGUGGGUUUUUCUUGUUGUUCAAAGAUAUAUAUACAAAUACUCCGGAGAAACAUACAAGGUGUAUGGCCCCACUUCAGGUUCCAACUUUGAUGACAGAGAGAUGGUUGUUCAGGUUCUCAGACUGAAUGAGCCAUGCUCCCAUCAAAAUUGCACAUUUGGUGGGAUAUGGGAUGGUGGAAAAGGAAGUGGGCAGAAAAACCUUGUUGUUACUUCAUCUUUCUACUAUAGGACUUCUGAGGUUGGUUUUGUCACUGCACCCAAUUCAAAAAGUCGUCCUGUGGAAUGGGAAGUUGCAGCCAAACAAGCUUUUGAAGCCAUAUCAUCUUUGCCUAAAUUUAAUCGAUUAAUUGGUGGUGUAAAAGUGAAGCAGAGUAUCUUUGUUUUUCUGAGAUAUUAG